UGUGUGUUUUUUCUCAAAUGCCAUCACACCCCCAUACCCAUCUUGCUUUUCCCACUUGAUUAUAUUAUGGUGGUGGUCCCCAUCAGUACAUAGAAACUGUUUCAGUUCCUCUUUCAUGGUAUGGAUGUCUCAUUUAACUAUUUCUCUUUUCAUGAAUAUUUGGGUUUUUUGUUUUAUUUUUCUAUUGUAAACAGUGCCUCAUGAACUGCUUUCUAUGUAUCUGUUGGCCCAUUAGUACAGGUAUUUACAGAGAGUACACCUGGAAGAAUUUUUGAACCAAAGGCUGUUGUUGAAAGAUUAGAAGGAAUCCAAUUCAUGCUAUGAUGCCACCUAAAUUCGAGGAAGAUACUACAGAAAAGUAAAAAGCGAAAGACCACUUUUAUUUAAGCACAUGGAUGCGGAAAUUCUAAAAAUGUGUUCUGAAUAGAGCAUUAAUAAAUUGAAUUGAGCAUUUUUUAAAAAGUACUCUGUACCUAUGAUAAAACAUUCAAACAAACACUUUGUUCAACAAAAGGUGAAAAAUAAUUUUCCUUCUCACCCUGUUUCCAUAUCUCCUUCAUAUUUCAUGCAUGCUGCCAGAAAUCAUGUGUGCAUAUUUAUUUCUCUCGAUGGAAGAAUCCCCCUUUCUUUUAUUUUCUUCCUUUUCACGUAUUACAGCACAUUCUAGUCCUUUCUGUGUCCGUUCCAUUUCACUGUGUGUUUGAUCAACCUUAACUUUUCUCACCUCAGCACUCUUGACCUUUGGGUCAGAUAAUGCUAUGUUGUGGAGGGGUGCCAUGUGCAUUGGAGGAUAUUUAGCAACAUCUCUGGUCUCUACCCUCUGGGUAGAGGGAUGCCAGCGCCCUGACCCCCAACCCCCCCUAGUUGUGACAGUGGGCUACGGAGAAGUGUAUUGUUGCAGGAAACAUUGACCUUCAGGGACGUGUUUGUGGACUUCACCCAGGAGGAGUGGCAGCAGCUGGACGCUGCUCAGAAGAACCUCCACAGGGACGUCAUGCUGGAGAACUACAGCCACCUGGUCUCCGUUGGAUACCUUGUGGCCCAGCCACAUGGGAUCUUCAGGUUGGGACAAGAAGAAGAGGAGGCAGGGAUGGCAGCUGGAGAAAGCCCACUGUGGAGCUGUCCAGAAUUCUGGAAAGUUAAUGACCAGACAGAUAACCACAAGGAAAGCCAAGACAAACCUCUAUGGCAAGCUGCAUCCAUAGAUAAGGAAACACUGAAGGAUAAAAGUGGCCAAGAAUUCGGAACAUAUGGAGAAAUAAUUUAUCCAAGCACAGGAUUUGUUUCUAUAGGACAAAGAUUCACUAAAUAUUAUUCAUGGGGAGAGUGUUCAAAACAUAAUUUCAUUUUUCUUAGUCAAAGUAGAAGCUGUGUAAGAAAGAAUGGUGAUGAAUGUAAGGCAUAUUGGAAAUUAUGCUUCCAUUCUAAUCUUGAUAAAGCUCAAUCUGGAGAGAAAUUCUUUGAGCCUAAUGAACAUGGAAAAGCCUUCCACCAUAAGCAAGCUCUUAAUAAAAGUCCAAGAAUUCAAAAUGGGGAGAAACUCUAUCAAUGUUCUGAAUGUGGAAAAGUGUUUAUCCAGAAAGCAAACCUUGUUGUACAUCAGAGAACUCACACUGGAGAGAAACCUUAUGAAUGCUGUGACUGUGCAAAAACUUUUAGCCAGAAGUCAACCCUAAUUGCACACCAGAGAACUCAUACAGGGGAAAAGCCAUAUGAAUGCAGUGAAUGUGGGAAAACAUUUAUCCAGAAGUCAACUCUGACUAAACAUCAGCAAACUCAUACAGUAGAGAAACCAUUUGUAUGCAGUGAAUGUGCAAAAGCUUUUAAGAGUUCAUAUCACCUUCUUAGACAUGAAAAAACACACAUUAGACAAGCAUUUUAUGAAGCUAUCAAAUGUGAUAAGUCCAGCCUUAUAUAUCAAAGGACUCAUAUGGGUGAGAAACCUGAGUGCAAUAAACAUGGGAAAGCCUUUGAUGAGACACCCACACCCACUGAACAUCAGAUAACUCAUACAAAAGAGACACUUUACAAGUGUAGUAAAUGUGGAAAAGGUUUCAGGGGAAAGUCACAUCUUUCUGUUCAUCAGAGAGUUCAUACACAAGAAAAAUCCUAUGAAUGCAGCAUAUGUGGGAAGACUUUCAGUGGAAAAUCACAUCUCUCUGUCCAUCAUAGAACUCACACAGGAGAGAAACCUUAUGAAUGCCGAAGGUGUGGGAAAGCAUUUGGUGAGAAGUCAACCCUUAUUGUACAUCAGAGAACUCACACAGGAGAAAAACCCUAUAAAUGCAACGAAUGUGGGAAAGCUUUCAGUGAAAAGUCACCACUGAUUAAACAUCAGAGAAUUCAUACAGGAGAGAGACCCUAUGAGUGCAGUGAAUGUAGGAAAGCAUUCAGUAGGAAGUCAACUCUCAUUAAACAUCAGAGAAUUCAUACAGGAGAAAAACCUUAUGAAUGCAGUGAAUGUGGGAAAGCUUUCAGUGUGAAAUCAACUCUCAUUGUACAUCACAGAACACAUACAGGAGAGAAACCUUAUGAAUGCAGAGAGUGUGAUAAAGCCUUCAGUGGGAAGUCAACUCUCAUUAAACAUCAGAAAAGUCACACAGGAGAUAAAACCUAUUAAUAUACUUAUUAAUAACCUAUAAUAUAUAAUAACCUAUUAUGAUAACAUUAAUAAUUUAUAACCUAUUAAUAUAUUAAUAUAGAGAUAAUUUCACUAGUUAUACCUCAUUAUAUUAUAUAUCAGUUCAUCCUGGGGAGUAACCUUAUAAACAUCAAGAAUGUAAAAAACUUCAUAUACUAUUUAAUGUUCAUUUAACUUAAGAAAGAGCACAAAAGCAUAAUUCCAGAAGCAUCUGAUAAAUGUGACCUAUUUUUCAUCCAGAAUUCUUACACGAGUGGAGAAUUAUAUAUCAGAGAAUUCAGAAGUGACAAAACUGUGAAUAUAUUGAUGUAGAAAAGAAUUUAGAAAGAAUUUAAAUGUCAUUGACUAUCAGAGUAUGCUGAAAAGAAACUAAGAAUUUAAAGUGUAGAAAACUGUUAGAAAUUAUGAGAGAAAUAUGUUCCAUAUUUUAUACCACACAUUUUGUGGGAAAGGUCUAGAGGUUCCAAACAAGUACGCAGUAAUUAAGACAUGUUCACUGUGGAGUAAGUAUGACAUUUUUGAAAGAAAAAUAUAAAGUAUAAAAUUAGGAAUCCUAGCUAUGGCAAACUACGUUCACUUCUUAAACAAAUAGGAGAGGAGGGAACUAAGAUGGCGGAGGAACAGGACAGGGAGACCACUUUCUCCCCUACAAGUUCAUUGAAAGAACAUUUGAACGCUGAGCAAACUCCACAGAACAACUUCUGAUUGCUAGCAGAGGACAUCAGACACCCAGAAAAGCAGCCCAUUGUCUUCGAAAGGAGGUAGGACAAAAUAUAAAAGAUAAAAAGAGAGACAAUAGAGUUAGGGACAGAGAUCCGUCCGGAGAAGGGAGUCUUAAUAGAGGAAGUUUCAAGACACCAGGAAACCCUCUCACUGGCCGGUCUGGGGGAAGUUUUCGAAUCUUGGAGGGCAACCUAACUGGGAGGAAAAAUAAAUAAAACCCACAGAUUACAUGCCUAAAAGCAACUCCCAGCAGAAAAGUACCCCAGACGCUCGCAUCCACCACCAGCAAGUGGGGGUGGAACAGAGAGGAGCGGGCGGCAGUGCUUAGGGUAAGGACCAGGUCCGAAUGCCCUGAGGGCAAUCGGAGGGAGCUAACUGAGAUAGCAACUUAAACUGUGGGAUAGCAAGAGAGAGAGAAUUAAGUUGGGAAAAGCCCUAAACUUAGGCACUACCCACCGGUUCCCAGAACGAAGGACUGAGCAAAUACCAGAGAAGAGCUAGCCGACUGCAGACUGGCCCAUACCCCGCCGGAGGCAGGAGGCAGGGGGGAGGGGAAAGGGGCAAACUCGGCCCCAGAGACGGCACCCCCUACCAAAUGGCAAACAGGCUUCCAGCUUCUAACCAAAGACUUCCUUGAGAUUCUGGAUGGUCGACACCCGCCUGGAGGGUCGCAGCUAGAGUCCAGCUCCCCAGAACUGACACAAGGCACACUUGACCGGCACGCACGGAAACUGAGGCUGGGACCGCGGAGAGGAGAAGGCGCUCUGCACCGGGGGAGGGUGAGCUCAUCAAGCUCCUGGCUGCCUGAGCUGCUCCGACCAGGGAAGGCACAAAACGCAGGCCCAACCGAGUCUGUGCUAUUGUGGAAUACCUGAAAACUGAAUCUGAGCAGCUUAGGCCUGGGAAGUCCACACAACGCAGGGCCUGCUCCCUGGGGAGCAGCCUGGAGCCUGAGCAGUGUAGACAGGGAAAGCACACACACCCGCCCCGAGCGGGGGCAAACCCAGUGUGGCCAGAAUACUGCAAGUGCUCCCCACACAUGCCAGUGAUAUUUGUCUGCAGGGCCCCUCCCUCCCCACAGCACCACUGAAUAAGCAAACCUAAACAAGAGACCACCUCCACCUGCGUGUGUCAGGGCGGAAAUUAGACACUGAAUAGACCUGCAAACAGAAGCCAAAUAAACAAAGGGAACCACUUCAGAAGUGACAGGUGCAACAAAUUAAAAUCCCUGUAGUUAACACUGACUACACUGGAAGGGGCCUGUAGAUAGCGAGAAGUGUAAGCUUGAACAAGGAGCUAUCUGAAACUGAACCGAACCCACACUGCCUGCAACAGCUCCAGAGAAAUUCCUAGAUAUAUUUUUACUACUAUUUUUUUUAUUUUUAAUUAAAAAAUUUUUUUUCUUUCUUUUUUUACUUUUUCUUUUUUUUAAAAGUCCUCUAUUACUCGUUAAUUUUCAUUUUUAUAACCCACUAUAACCUGGCAAAGAAAAAAAAGGACCCUAUUUUUAAAGCGAACUCCAUAUAUAUUUCUUAAAAUUUUUUUGUGUUUUUGUGGUUUUUUACUAUUGUAUUUUUAAGAGUCUAACCUCUAUUCUAGAUUUUUAAUCUUUGUUUUUCAGUAUUUGAUAUCAAUUUUGGACAUUUAAGAAUCCAAACCUCAGUACCCAUUUUUACUCAGGAGUGUGAUUACUGGUUUGAUCACUCUCUCCCCCUUUUGAUUCUC